CGCUAUUGAAAGCGCGCGAGAGAAGAGACGCCCAUUUUGAUGACGGUUUUACUCUAAAAUGUUGGAAACAAUAUUCUACAAUGGAAUGUGUGAUUACCUACGCUGUUAAUCCCUAUAUAUAGAUUGCAAUAUAAACGUAUUUGGAGAAAAGCAAUACAACAGAUUUUUUCGCAUCUUCGAAAAGUUUUACUGACAAUCGUACAUUUACUGGGAAAAGAUGAACAUAUUUGUGAGCAUAAACCUUGUACUGUCCGCCUUCAUAAGUGUCUGUUUGACUGCAAGACUAACAGAUGAUCAACUGGCACAGAUUCUGACCGAUAAGUUGUCGGCUAGUCCCAUGACAGACUCGAGAGAGUAUCCUUUGCUAGACGACAUCAACGAACUUGAUAGACGCUUUGCCGCUCUAGAAAAAUUUGAUGACGUCACGGACCGAUUGUUUGAUGACGAGACGCAGGAAGAAUAUGGCGAUGGACCGAAUAUUGGCUCUGAUAGCAUCAUUGUUAAAGAUGACGUCACUAAGAAAAAUCUUCUAAUAGAGAAUAAAUUUGACGAUGACGUCAUUAGGAAAGUCCUUCCAAUAAAAGAUGAGUUUGAUGAUGCACUCACAGACUUGACUGAUACAGUAAAUGAGCUAGAUGGAAGUUUUCUUAACGUUAAAGACGUCCAAUUUGGUGGCACAAUAGAAGGGAGGCAUGAAUUUCAAAAUAGUUUUAAUGUUUGCUCACAACGCUCUUACACAUUAGAGGCCUUUGAAGACUGCUUAAGAGAAGAAAAUGUGAAGAACAAAGAAAACGCUUUAUAUCAAAAGACAGAAAAGCUAAAAAGAAAUCCUUUCUGUGGAAGAUUUGGAUGCCGUAACAGAUAUACAAGAAGACAGUUAUGCAAAGGACCUAAAUGUAGUAGAAGAACAAGAAAGGCAAAAGAGGCGGCUGAAAUGAUUUUUAUCAAGAAAUAUCCUGUUAAGAAGUUUGCCUGCAACAGAGGAAGAUGCAGCAAUGGAAAAAGGUCGAUAAUGGCUGAAAAUUUAAAUGAUGUGCUCGACAAAAUGAGUAAAAGGUAUGCACUUGAGAAAAAAACAGUUGGAAGACAGUCUACGGUACUUCGGCUACCAUCUGAUCUUUCCGCAUCUUCACAAACUAACACCAUUAAAGAGAGAGAAGAAUCUGGCACACUUGCUAAACUGACAGGUAACCUCAAAGAAGACAUUAGGCGUUUGCCAGGAUCUUUAUGUCUUUCCACAUCAAAAGAGUGUCUGUAUGUAAAAAGAAGACGAAAAUUCAAAAAUAAGUCGAGAUCAUAGAUAAUAAUGUACAGAAAUAGACUAACAUAGAUGUGUGUUUGUAGAAUGCUUUGUCGCAAAAAACAACUGAGAUCUUUAUGACAUUUUUAUAAUUCUAGCAAAAAAAAAUAACAACAAAAAGCACAAAAUAUCAAACGGUCUAUAACAUUUAUAAGCAUAUAACUUUUAUUAAUUGUUUGUUUGUUGUUUUUUUUUUUUUUUUGUUUUUUUUUUGUUGGAUUAAAGAAAACGAUUUUAUUUUAGUUUUACCAGCAUUACUUUCUGUGAUACGUAUGACACAUGGAACGACUGUAUAUAUCAAUUUAAAUAUUUAUCAGGAGCUGUCUCAUGCAAACCGUGCCUGUUAUUAUUUGCCUGGUUUCGUUGUAUGCUUCCGGUUGAUUUUUUUCAAAGAUUUUAUCAUAACCUUAUAUUUAUUAUCUAUCCGUCUUGCCCGAACAAGGUAUAUAACCUGCAUUUUCAUGAGUAUCUAAAACAGAGCUGUAAUUUGUAUAAACAGUGAGGAUAAAUCUAACUUUGAUAUUGCUUACUCAGAUAUAUAAGAACAUUUUCUUAUUGCUGCGGAAGGUCACUUGCUGUGAAGUUAACCAGUACUACAAGACACAUUCUUCCCCGUUGAAUAUUCAUAUCAAACGCAUGUCCAUGUUUGUUCAGAUUUCCAUAGAAGUUUGGUUAAAAGAAAAACAUGAAAACUAAAGUAGAUUAAAAGUUGAAUUAUACAUACAUUCUAUACAGACUUUUCACUUAGUCCGUCUACGACGGGCUGAACGAAGGGAGCGCCAAAUAUUAACAAUGUUGUUUUCUUCCUUGUUUAUUUCUAAACAAUCAUUUUUACCUUGAACGUGCAGUAACAGUGUAAUUAGAAUAUAAUCAGUUAUUGUUCAAUAUCAAUAAGAGCUGUAAUUUGCAUAUUUGUAACUUUUGGAAAUUCACUAGGUAUUCGACAAUGUCAAUGAUUGUUUUGCAGAGAAGGCAUAAGUGGAAGGGAAUACAACUAGUGGUCAUGUCACCCCCGAAAGACGGUCAAAAAGAAAUGUUCUACACUGAAAUAGUAACAGAUAACGACAGAGCAAACCAUUAUCAUACUGAGGAACUGUCUAUGUAGUUUAACAAAACUGAAUUCGGAUAAAUGAAACGCGAUACUGUCAACAUUUCAGUAAAUAAUUUUGUUUGGAGGACAUGGUAUUCAACAUGUGCACUGUCAAACAGUCUACCGUACUGUUAUAUGUAAUACUGUUUUUAAUGUUUUUGGUUUGAAUAUGACAAGAGGAAAGUGGUAAAUAAAGGUAUGAGUUCUUUUUAAAA